CAAUUUUUUUUCUUCUUUUUCCCUUUAUUUUAAAUUGGUGUAAUUUUGUAAUGUAACGCUUUCUUCCACUCUCAUUUCCUCGUCGUACUCUGUCCCUUUCUCUUUCUCUCUCUUCCACUGGCUACCGUCCCACCCGGUGCCGCUCUCACACGUGCCCCCUCCUCCCAAAGACUCCGUCGCACGUGCCGUCCCUCACCCAUACAACUCCCUUUCUGUGGUGCAACAAAUAAAAGUUAGAGAGAGAAUAAUAACUCAUGGAAGCAAUAUAUAUGGAGAUAGAUAGAUAGAGAGAGAGAGAGAAAGAGAGAGUGUAGGUAUGCGUUUGUGUGUGAAGGGUGAGAGAUAGAAAGAGAGAGAGAGAGAGAGAGAAAGAGUUGAUAAAAGCAUAAUUUUUUUUCUUGGUGUUUGAAGGGGCAUGUAGAUGCAGUAGCUAUAGAUUGGUUUAUGGAUACCCUUCUUUAUCUUUCUUUCUAUCUGGUUUUGUUUGAAAUCUGAAACUUCAAGAUCGGUUUUGGGUGAGUGAAUCUUCUGGUGGGAUUCUGUUUUGCACCGAUGAGGAUCCGGAAAAGGCCGGUGCUUUUCCCGUCGUCGGUCUCGCCGUUGCCUCUGUCAGAUCCACACCUGAUCAGCCGGUCGCCGGUGGUGGUGCAACUAAGCGAGGCUGCUUCCACGGCAGCGAAACGUCCUUCUUCUCCUUCUUCUGCAGUGCUCCAUCGCCAUGCUGGUUCGUGGAGCUUGGAUCGUUGCCAGCCAUCUGAUCAGUCUCUCCCUUCGAUCGGGAAGCCAAGCAACGGCUGGGAUGAUCCCUCCGGCAUCGGUGAAAGUGGGGCACACAGACAGCACAACAAGCAAGACCCUUUGGAGGAGGUUAUUGUUGGAAGGGAAGAAAGUGGAGAAGACUCCGGAGAGAAGGGUAAUCAUACCAGGAAAGGACGCAACUUGGGUUUGGAAACUCUAGCCGGGGUGGUGUCACCGUUAAGCCCUUCUUCUACUCAAGACAGAUGGUACGAGGAAGAGAAAGUUAUUCCGCUGAAGAAAAGGAGAGGGGCAUUCGAGGAGAAUAAUACUGCUGCCACCCAUAGCAGGAAGACGAAGGCGAAGAUGAAGACGAAGAUGAACAAGAAGUGUUCCUCUCGCAACGAGGAUAGCACGGAAGAGGAAAACGAAGAAGAAAAGGGAGAAGAAACGAAAGUGGAUGAUGUAAACGUGAAUGUGAGUAAGAAGAGGGUAAGGGGUAGUGCACUCAUGGAAGGUUCUAGGUGCAGUCGUGUGAAUGGGAGGGGAUGGAGGUGCUGUCAGCAAACUCUGGUUGGUUACUCGCUGUGUGAGCAUCACUUGGGGAAGGGAAGACUCAGAAGCAUGACAAGUGUUAGAAGCCGUUCCAUUGCAUCAACUGCACCAAAGAAGGUGCACGUACACCACCACCAUUCUUCUUCUUCUUCUUCUUCUCUAGAGAAGCAAAAUACGAGUGUUGAUGAGCCCUUUGGGGAGGAGGAGGAGGAGGAGAAGAAGCCGGAGAUAAUCACGAAGAAGAGGAUGAAGCUGGGCGUUGUAAAAGCGCGUUCCAUAAGCAGCUUGCUAGGACAAACCAACACCCAGAUUGCUGCUGUAGCUCAUGAGAAUAGCAAGUAAGUAUAAUAAGUACAAGUGCAGAAAACGGUUAUUAUUUCAUGUACUUGUGGCUGAGAGAAAUUUUUAACGCUGGAGUUUGUCCUAAUACUUGGUGCCACUGAAUCAUGUGUCAACUUGGUGUGGUGUUUUACUUUGUUUCGGUAUCAUGUUUAUAUUUUACUUGGGCAAUUGCUUA